AUGGAUCAAACGGCUGAGCAGUGACCAAUGCCUCAGAAGCACCCUUUGUAAUGUCUCAGCUUUUAUCAAAGUUAGAUCCAAAAGAUAACAUUGACUUUGGCUAAGAAAUGCAUUUCUCAGCCAAAAACGAGAAAUGCAUUGAGUUGUUGGAUUGCCAGAGGAGAGAAAGCCUAUGGUUCAGCCAUAUUCCUCAGAUGGAAACUCACACAUGGCAGUUAUUCCUGCAUAUUGCACAUGGUUAAAGCAUUUGUUGCCCCUUCAAAGAAAACGUCAAUACCAUGCUUGGAGUUGACG